AAAAUAUUGUAAGGAUCUCGAAUUUUUGCACAUAUGCAAAUUUGUUUUGAAAUUGAAGAUAGUACCUUGGGUCAAAUGGAAUAUGAAGAAAGAAAACUUCAAAAGCGCAAAGAAAAGGCUUUAAAUGAAUGUAACAGACAGUCAAUAGCUGAAGCUUGCAAUAAUUUAGGGGAUUUUUAUAAUCAAUCCGGUAGAUAUUUGGAAGCUGCAAAAGAAUAUGAAGAAGAGGCUUUGUUGUAUGAAAAACUUGGAACCAAUUUUGUUCUGCCCAAGUCCAAAGCUCAUAGGAUGGUUGGAGAAAUGUUCAUGCUACUGAGUGAAUUUGAAAACGCUCUAAAAUAUGUUAAUUUAUAUUUAAAACAAGUGCAGAAUUUAUGUAAUAAAAUUGAAGAACAGAGAGCUUAUGCUACCCUUGGCAGGGUUUACUUGUUAUAUGGUCAAAGCAGUGGAGAAGCAACAACAGCUUCAAAACAACUCAAAAAUGCUGAAAAGGCAUUUAUAAAAAGUCUUUUAAUAACAAAAGAUCUUACAGGAUCAGUGAAUAAAUUUGAACUAUUAGAUAUGCAGGCAAGGUUGUACCUCAAUAUUGGAGUAGUGAAAGAGCAUAUGGGAGAAUUCGAAGAAGCUGUUGAAUAUAAGGAAAAAGCAGUUAAAAUUGCGAAAGCAAACGAUAUGUUUGAAUUACUUCAUUUGUGUUAUAUUUCUAUUAGUCUCUUAUAUCAAAUCAAGAAAAAUGAUUGUGCUAUAGCUCUACGAUUUUGCAACUUAGCAUUGGAAGUAGCUGAACGCCUCCCUGAAAAAACAAAAAAGGUGUGUGAAACUUUGUUAACAAAAGCAGAAAUUCUUAUAAAACAAGGAGAUUUUCAAAGCGCAAAAAGAGUUUUGGUUAAAGCUUACAAACUUAGAACAUCUGAUUUAAAUGACAGACAAAAUAUUGAGAGAAAUUUAAAAAUUGUGGCAGCCAUAUGUUAUGCUUUACAUUCUCUAAUUGAAACAAAAAUGGAAGAUUAUGAUACAAGAAAACGAUUAUAUGAAAAAAUUGGGGACGGCAGCUGUUCAUUACAAAAUUAUGAAAAAGCUAUAGAAUAUUAUUUGCAAGCUCUUGAUGCUGCCCGAAAAAAUGGCGACACCAUAAAACAAUUAAUCCCCAUUUAUAUUAGUUUAUAUCAAACAUACAAAGAUAACAAAGAAUAUGAGAAAAGUUUAGAAUUUUUAUGGAAAGAGUUUGAGGCUAAUAAAAACAUUCCAGAAGAAGCAGUUACAACUUUAUUUAACAUUGGAGAGGUUUGUGAAAUACAAAUGAAACCGUUUUGGACCGUUUAUGAAAUAUACCAGAAAGCAUGCAACGAAUCUAAAAAGAUUAAUCAAAGUAAUAAAUUACUUAAAAUUGCUCUCGUAAGGCAAUUUAAAUUGGCUAUAAAAUAUAAUAUGACUUCUGUUGCCGAUGAUAUAAAAGAGGAGGCUUUAAAAGAAAAUAUUAAUAUUGAAGAUAUAGAAAAUGAUCUUGACGAUGAUUCGGAAGAAUUACUUUCAGACGAAAAUACUCCGGACAUUGGUGAAGAUAUAUGCUUAGAAAAUCUAACAGAUUCUGAUAAUGAAUGUGAGGAAUUACAAACACUUCGCCCAGUCAGGAAAGCCCGGACGUCCUUGACUAUUAAAAGAAAUAACAAAGGUGAAACUCAAUUACAUCAAGCCUGCAUUUCUGGAAACUUAAAUUUAGCUCGACGUUUAAUUGAUCAGGGCCAUGCAAUUAAUGUAAGAGAUCAUGCAGGAUGGUUACCUCUGCAUGAGGCAUGCAACCACGGUUUUAGGGACAUAGUAGAACUUCUUUUAGAUAAAGGAGGCACAUCAUCUAUAAACGAUAAUGGAGGUACAAGUUGUGAUGGAAUUACUCCACUUCACGAUGCAUGUUGUAACGGAUAUUUAGACGUUGCGGAACUACUAUUAGAAAGGGGGGCAAAUCCUACACUUAAAACUGAUUUUGGCGAUACCGCGCUGAAUAUGUUAGAUAAGUGGCGGAAUUCAGUAGAUUUAGAUUAUGACGAACAAACGAGAUAUGAAAUAGUCCGUUCAAAAAUAGCUUCUCAGUUAAAUAAAAUUGGAGAGAAAGUUACUUCACCGCCUUUAACUAAUUCAUCAAAAGCUAUUGAUAAUUCAAUAGGAAAAGUUAGGCAACCAAAGCGAAACAAGAGCGAUAUAAAUUUAUAUACUCAAAGUAAUAGUAGUUCAAAAAGGAAUUUGGGCACUCCAGCUUUACAAUUGGAAGAUGAAUUUUAUGAAAGUGAAUCAGACUAUGAGCUUCCCGCAAACAUUUUGAAAGAAGAUAGUAGAAAUACAACUAAUUUUGAUAAAAAAUUGACAGCGCGAAAUGAAUAUAAAAGUGCUAUACAAAAUUUAAAACAUCCAAAUAGAUUAGUUACUAUUCUUCCAGAAACUUUUGAAAUUAUGAAGAACGAGGCUCAGAAAAAAAGGGGAGCGUUUUUAGAUGAGGAUGAAGUUGACGAUGAUUGGCUAGAUAAUGAUGUGGGUUCUCAUAAGAAAAGACAUAAGUGCGAUAGUGAUAACAAAAUAUAUGCAACACAUCCAAAUACCUUAAAAAGAGAUACAAGUAGCUCUCGACAUUCUGGAGAUUAUCUAACUGUGCCAACUUCACAAUAUAGUAUUGAAAAUUCAGAUUCUUCAGACGCUGAAAGUGUCGGCAAACAAAACGCAUUCACGGUAUUAUUAGACCCUAAAAAUAAAAGCAAUAAACAAGGAAAAAAAAUGCGAAGGACAUUAAGUAUGAACAGUAACUCUAGUAGAAGAUCGAGUACAGGAAAUUGUCAAUCUUCACUUUUAGAUAAAGGGUUUUGCCGUUUUGGUAGUAAUAACGCAUUAAUAAACGAGGAUUCUUCAAAUCGACUCAUCGAAAUAGAGCCUGAUUCUACAACAACAGUGUAUGAAUCUCCAAGAAAAAAAGAAAUUACAAUAAUUAAAUUAAGUCCUCAAAAAGUAAAUUCAAUUAUUUCUUUUAAAAUUAAAGUGGAAAAUGAAUUGUUAUUGGUACCAGUAGAGAGAAAGAAAACAGGAGAAUUAAGUAUUAAAUGGUUGGCUGAAGAAGCUUCUAGGCGAUACUAUAACUUAGUUGGAAUACGACCUGUUUUACGUUUAAUGACGCCAGACGGAUUUGGUUUUGAAGAAAGCGAUAGUAUAAACAUUGCCAUUGAGGAAAAUAUGAUAUCAUCAAAAGUAUUAGAUUGGAAAAUUUCACCUUUACCAGAAAGAUAUGAAGAAAUGUGUCACCAGUUAAACCAAGUUACCGACGAAUUUACAAAAUCAACAUUAGAAAAAUCGCACAUUUCAAAUAUUUUAUCUUUGGCUAAUUUGUCUUUAACUCCCCUAUCCACCGAACCUAUUUUUAAGGCGCUUUUGCAUCAAUCAACGCUUCGAGUUUUAGACCUAUCUAAUAAUUUCAUUCAAAAUGAAGGAUGUAAACAACUCGGAAAAUCAUUAAUAACUUUAAAGCAACUAAAAACCUUAAAUCUCGAAGGAAACUGUAUCACAUCAGACGGUUUAAUGUACUUUAUAAAAACAGAUUGUGUUCACUCGCAAGAACAGCAGUUUUCCGAAUUAGAAACUUUAAAUUUAAGUUUUAAUCCAUUAGGUGACAGAAGUCUUGAGCAUUUAGAAAUGUUAUGUAAAAUGUGUAAAAAAUUAAAUAGUCUCAGUCUUCAAUCUUGUAGUUUGACAAAUUUUUAUGAGUAUAACUUGAGUUUUGAAAAAUUAAUAGAUUUUAAUAUUAGUUUUAAUGAAUUAACAACCGAAAGUAUGAAUAGGCUUUUAAAAGGUUUAAAUUCUUCUCUAAUUCAAAAAUUAUUACUAAACUUUACAAACCAUAAAAACAAAGAAUUCGGUACAAAUUUUUACAUAUUCCUUGAAAGUGGAACUUGUGAAAAAAUUAAAAAUGUUGAGCUUGCUAAUUGUAAUUUAACUGAUUCAGAUGUUUAUAAAAUUGUUAAAUUAUUAAAUAAAUGUAAGUAUUUGGAGUUAAUUAAUUUAAGUAAUAAUAAUAAAUUAACUGGCGCUUCUUUUAAAUAUAUAAUUGAAAAUUUAGGUAAUGUUCAUAAAAUUAUAUUAGAGGAAUGUCCACACAUUGUGGAAAUAUCCAAAUUACAAAAUUUAAAUUUGAACAAUUUUCCUGAUUUUCUAUCAUUAACUUUGAAUGAAACAUCAACAAUAGAUAUUGAAACUUUAUGUAGCAAAAUAGAAUUUUUAAAAAAUUUUUGGUACAAUUGUUAUGGGGACAAGGGUAAAGUUUUUCAUAAAGGAAAUUAUUUUUGUCUUUACAUUAAUGAAAAAGAUUUGAUUUUAUGAUAUUUAUAAUUCUGUAAGACUUCUGUACCUGUUUAAGUUAGUAUAUAAGUUUUUGUUUAUUACAUAAUUCAAAAGUUGCUAUUCACAAAUUUUAUUAUACU